AUGGGUCUCAAACUCUACGGUAUGCGUCAAGCAACUUGCACUCAGCGAGUACUCACUACACUCGCUGAGAAAGGCGUUGAUUACGAGUUCGUUCUUGUCAAUCUUAUGACAGGAGAGCACAAGUCACCUUCGCAUCUUGAGAAGCAGCCUUUUGGAAAGGUUCCCGUCCUCGACGAUGAUGGUUUCUUGAUUUACGAAAGCAGGGCUAUCUGCAAGUACCUUGCUCGAAAGUACGCCGACAAGGGUACCAAGCUCAUCCCUGCAGAGGGAGAUGUAAAAGGCUAUGGUUCAUUUGAACAAGCUUGCUCAAUCGAACAGGCUUACUUUGAUGCCGAAACCUUUGGUCUCUGGUUCGAAAGCUUCAUCAAACCUGCCAGAGGAUGGGGUGCUACUAGCCCUGAGGUGGUUCAAAAACAUCUCCAAACACUUGACAACAACCUCGCUGUCUACGACCAGAUCCUCUCGAAGCAGAAGUAUCUUGCGGGAGAUGAAUUCACCUUGGCUGAUUUGUACCAUUUACCACACGGUACGCAGGCAUUGAAGUAUGGAUUUCAAGAUUUACUCGCAAAGUAUCCUCAUGUGAACAAGUGGUGGGAAGGAAUUCAAGCUAGAGACAGCUGGAAAGAAGUAGUUGCUGCGGCUGCUUAG